AAUGGCUUCUGGUGGUGAACCUGGGUCUGCGGCAUUAUUGCCGAUGGUAUAUGAUUAUCUCAAGACAACAUGCAAAGAAGUGGCUGACAACUUGAAGAAGAAACUAAAAGUUAAUCCUCCUGAAAGUGGUUCUCCAAAACUGCAUGAACUGUACAGUCAUUGGCAUCAAACUGCAGGAGGAAAGAGAAAGCAAUCCACUUCAGAGGGAGGGGUUGCAAAAAAAUUGAAGACCGCAGAUUCCAGCAGUGAUGAUUCAAGUGAUUCUGACAUGGAUGAUGAUGCAAAGCCAACCAAGCCUAAAGCCAGGUAUGGUAAUGUUCCACCACCACAGAGCCUGACCACUCCAACAGCCAGUGGUGAUGCAAAGGGAGUUUUGAAGAAACGCCCAGCAAAGGACAGCAGUAGUUCUGAUAGCUCCACUUCAGAUAGCUCUGAUGAUGACAAAAAGAGGAAAACUACUGUAAACGCCAAAUCCGCAAUUAAACCUACUCCAAGUAAAAAGGCCAAGAAGGAAUCUUCAAGUUCUAGCUCAGAUUCCAGCUCAGAUGAAGAGACCACCAAAGCAGUAACAAAGACUGCUAUUACUCCAGUGUCCAGUAAGGGAAAAAGUGUAACUAAGAAAAAUGAUAGCAGUGACAGUGAUUCAGAGUCUAGCUCAUCAGAGGAAGACAGCAAGAAAGUUAAAAAGACCAAAUUAACUGGAGCAAAAACAGUACAGAAAAAGAAGUUGGAAAGCGGUAGUGAUGACUCCAGUGAUUCAAGUUCUGAUGAGGAUGAUAAACCAUCUGUUAAAACAAAGCCUGUCACCAAGGUUACACCAGCAAAGAAACCUGAAAACAGUGACAGUAGUGAUUCCAGUAGUGACUCUUCAGACAUGGAUAGUGGUUCAAAGAAAAAUGCCAAGCCUGCUUCAAAACCAGUAAUACCAGUUUCAAAGAAAGUUCCUACAAAAAAGGCUGAUAGCAGCAGUAGCGACUCCAGUAAUUCCAGCUCAGAGGAUGAAAAAGUGAAAGCAGCUCCUACAAAGAAACAAGGAACAGUAACACCAGCAAAAGCAACACCUGCUAAGAAAAAGGAUGAUAGUAGCAGUAGUGAUUCAAGUGACUCGAGUUCUGAUGAGGAUGAGAAAUCGAAAGCAAAAGUAGUACCUGCUAAAAAGACAGUAACACCAGCAAAAGCAACACCUGCUAAGAAAAAGGAUGAUAGUAGCAGUAGUGAUUCAAGUGACUCGAGUUCUGAUGAGGAUGAGAAAUCGAAAGCAAAAGUAGUACCUGCUAAAAAGGCCGUAACACCAGCAAAAGCAACACCCAAGAAAAAGGAUGAUAGUAGCAGUAGUGAUUCAAGUGACUCGAGUUCUGAUGAGGAUGAGAAACAGAAAGCAAAAGUAGUACCUGCUAAAAAGACAGUAACACCAGCAAAAGCAACACCUGCUAAGAAAAAGGAUGAUAGUAGCAGCAGUGAUUCAAGUGACUCGAGUUCUGAUGAGGAUGAGAAAUCGAAAGCAAAAGUAGUACCUGCUAAAAAGACAGUAACACCAGCAAAAGCAACACCUGCUAAGAAAAAGGAUGAUAGUAGCAGCAGUGAUUCAAGUGACUCGAGUUCUGAUGAGGAUGAGAAACAGAAAGCAAAAGUAACGCCUGCUAAAAAGACAGUAACACCAGCAAAAGCAACACCUGCUAAGAAAAAGGAUGAUAGUAGCAGUAGUGAUUCAAGUGACUCGAGUUCUGAUGAGGAUGAGAAAUCGAAAGCAAAAGUAGUACCUGCUAAAAAGACAGUAACACCAGCAAAAGCAACACCUGCUAAGAAAAAGGAUGAUAGCAGCAGUAGUGACUCAAGUGACUCGAGUUCUGAUGAGGAUGAGAAAUCGAAAGCAAAAGUAGUACCUGCUAAAAAGGCCGUAACACCAGCAAAAGCAACAACCAAGAAAAAGGAUGAUAGUAGCAGUAGUGAUUCAAGUGACUCGAGUUCUGAUGAGGAUGAGAAAUCGAAAGCAAAAGUAGUACCUGCUAAAAAGGCCGUAACACCAGCAAAAGCAACACCCAAGAAAAAGGAUGAUAGUAGCAGUAGUGAUUCAAGUGACUCGAGUUCUGAUGAGGAUGAGAAACAGAAAGCAAAAGUAGCACCUGCUAAAAAGGCAGUAACACCAGCAAAAGCAACACCUGCUAAGAAAAAGGAUGAAAGUAGCAGCAGUGAUUCAAGUGACUCGAGUUCUGAUGAGGAUGAGAAAUCGAAAGCAAAAGUAGUACCUGCUAAAAAGACAGUAACACCAGCAGAAGCAACACCUGCUAAGAAAAAGGAUGAUAGUAGCAGUAGUGAUUCAAGUGACUCGAGUUCUGAUGAGGAUGAGAAAUCGAAAGCAAAAGUAGCUCCUGCUAAAAAGGCCGUAACACCAGCAAAAGCAACACCUGCUAAGAAAAAGGAUGAUAGUAGCAGCAGUGAUUCAAGUGACUCGAGUUCUGAUGAGGAUGAGAAAUCAAAAGCAAAAGUAGUACCUGCUAAAAAGGCCGUAACACCAGCAAAAGCAACAACCAAGAAAAAGGAUGAUAGUAGCAGUAGUGAUUCAAGUGACUCGAGUUCUGAUGAGGAUGAGAAAUCGAAAGCAAAAGUAGUACCUGCUAAAAAGGCCGUAACACCAGCAAAAGCAACACCCAAGAAAAAGGAUGAUAGUAGCAGUAGUGAUUCAAGUGACUCGAGUUCUGAUGAGGAUGAGAAAUCGAAAGCAAAAGUAGUACCUGCUAAAAAGGCCGUAACACCAGCAAAAGCAACACCCAAGAAAAAGGAUGAUAGUAGCAGUAGUGAUUCAAGUGACUCGAGUUCUGAUGAGGAUGAGAAACAGAAAGCAAAAGUAGUACCUGCUAAAAAGACAGUAACACCAGCAAAAGCAACACCUGCUAAGAAAAAGGAUGAUAGCAGCAGUAGUGAUUCAAGUGACUCGAGUUCUGAUGAGGAUGAGAAAUCGAAAGCAAAAGUAAGGCCUGCUAAAUCCGCUCAAAAAUCUCUUAACAUAACCAAAAUUAAGAAUGACUCCUCAUCAGAUUCAGACAGCUCUGAAUCUGAAACAGAUAACCCUGUUACCUCAACCCCAGCUGUGACAGUGAAAGGGAGAUGUGAUGAGUCAGAUGACCAUGAUUCUGGGGUUUCCUCAAAUGGAGAUGGUAAAAAGGUGUCGCCUGUAAUAAAUGGAGAAGAUUUCAAAACCCCAGAUGGACAAGGUACAAAGAAACAGACACCAAAAAGUAAAAAAACCCCAAACACUCCAUUCCGUCGUGUGAAAUCAGAGGAUAUAAGGGUUGAUGAACGAUUAGGAGACAAUUCAUUUGAAGCCAAGUCUGGUUCCCAGGGUUCAUGGGGAGAAAGGGCUAAUAGGGAUCUCAAAUUUACAAAAGGCAAAUCAUUCAGACAUGAAAAGACCAAGAAAAAGCGUGGGAGUUACAGAGGAGGCGCUAUUGACACAUCCACUCACUCCAUCAAGUUUGAGGACAGUGACUAAAUUCUUGACCAUUGUGAAUAGAAUGGAAUAAAUCAUUUAUAUAAAUUUUUUAAAAUUAUUACAGACCUUCAUCCUGUAAAUCCAGACUUUGGUGAACAACAUUACUGGAACUUAUUGUGUACACUCAUGUGAUGUCACCAGUCACAAGGAUUAUAUUGCAAGUCAUAAUUUUCAAUUCCCAAACUGCUGCCAGGUGAAUAGUAGAUUACCUUGGACCAGAAUGGUUGUGUGUUGUGUGGGUCAGCAGUUGAAGGAACAUACUAAGGAAGGACACCACAAGACAUGUCUGAAGUUGUGCAGCACUAAGACGGAUGUUGCUUGUUGUAGUUUCGUGUCUGGAUGAUUUAAGUAAUGUUGUAAGUUUUGUAAAGUCUGUAAUUCCAUACCAUUUGUAUCAGAUUGUCAUUGCACACAUAAGAUAAAAACUAUACAAGUUUUUGUCACUCCAGUAUAAAACUACCAUAGGUGAUGACAGGUUUUUCUAGAUCAGGCAAGGAAACUAGUCCACAUUCCCACUGAGUAUUAAUAAAAGAUAACCCAACUUUCAUAGUGUGAAGGAAAUAUUUUGAUACAAGGACCUAUUUUUUGGUUACCUAUUCUUUGGUUUCAAUAUUAAAAAUUAACUAGUCUGCAAAUUAGUACAGUUAGUUUCUUUUUCACAUUACAUGUAAAAGUAGCUGUGAAAUGUCCUUAAUGUGAUCAGGCCAUUGAAAUAUUCAGUGACCUGAUGGAUAAUUCUUUGAUAUGGAAAGAAACCAAAGUAUCAUUUCAGUUCAGUCGAUGAACAUGUUUAUUUCCUGGACUGGUAUCCUGUAUUAUUGUCAUCAUAACCCUGGAAUCAGGUUAAAAUUAAUAAAUACUGAAUGAUUAAAACAGCAUUUUGUUAUACUUCAAUACUGUACAUUAUCGGUAUCUGUAGAUACAUUACAGGAAUUUGCAGUACAGACACUUGUCAAUCUCGUAGAAACCAUUAGCUUCUAUGUUAUGUUUAGUUUGGCUGAUAAAAGUACAGUUUUUUUAUCACUAUUAGUUCUUUUAUAUAUGCAGUUCAGUACAGUUCUUAGCUGGUUAAUCUUAACAUUUAGAAAGAAAAAAAACCUAAUUAAAUAUUUCAUAUCAAGGAAAAUUUUUUUUAAUCUGUUCAAGGGUUUUGAUAUAGAACAGCAUUCAACACGCUGGUUAAUGCUUAAUCCAAGUAAAAAAGAUUCAGUUGAUAUAUGUCUGAGCUGGAAAAUUAGUUUUCAGUUGUUGAGAGGAUUUUGCUUCAUGUUCAAUUGUAAAGGGUGCUAAAAAGGAUGGUUAAUGUCCAGUUUUCGGCAGAAAUGUUACAAUCGUGUAUUGAAAUAUUUAUAUUUUCAUGUCAUUGAUGUUAUAACACCGAGACUGUCAGUUCAAUAAAUGUAAAUUAAGAUAUA